ACGAGUUGAAAAGCAAAUAAUUCAUUAUUUGUUGCAAAAUGUGAUACAUAUGACUCGUCAGAGCUAGAAUGGCCAGUUUUGAAUUGUUCGAUGGAGAUGCUAUACCAGGGAGACGUCCAGACAAUAAUUAUGUUGAGACAACAUUUGGCACCAUCAAUGGUCUUUCUCCUGUUACCACAGUUAAUAGUCCUGCAGAAAGCGACAAAUAUGAUUCAGCCAUCACCCGAGGAACAUCUGGAGGCGUUUCCAGUCCUUCCUUUCAGGGCACUGACAACAUGUUAGUUGUACCCCACCAACAUAAACGAACAAAUUCCAAUGUUUCUAGGAUAUCUGCCCUCAGUGCGGAAGAGGAGGAAAUCACAGUUUUUGUGGAACCACCCAACAAGAAGUUAUACUGUAAACUUUGUCAGAAAGUUUUUAAAGAACCUGUGAUUGUCUCUUGUGGGCACACUUAUUGUCAACGAUGUGUCACUGCCAACCCAGAAGCAACAUGCCCAGUAGAUGGAAAGUCACUGGAUAUCAUCGUGAGCAACAUCACUCUGUCCGAGCAAAUUGGCGACCUAUUUAUCCACUGUAAAUAUGGUUGCUCAUUGUCGAUGGAUGGUCAGAGCUAUGUUGUAGACUCCAGCAAGUGUCCUGUACAGUGUCGCAUCACCAACAGGAGUGAACAUGAAGACAAUUGCGACUUUAUGGCGAUGGAGUGUCCCAACAAUAGUGGCUGUCCAGCUAUCCUUAAAAAGGAUUUGGAGGACCAUCUUAAGACUUGUAACAGAGCUCGCUGUCCCCACAAUCGGUUUGGAUGUGAGUUCAUGGGUGUGCAUGAUGAAUUGGACGAACAUUUAAAAAUUUGUAAAUUUGAAGGAAUGAAAGAGUACAUUCAUCGUACAGAAGAAAAAAUGUCCGAUAUGCAAUAUUCACUGAAUCAAAAAGAUCAAGAAGUAGGCUUUCUACGUUCCAUGUUGGGGAAGUUAGCAGAAAGACUAGAAAACAUGGAGAAACAGACAGAAGACAGAGUGGAGCGACUGGAGCACAGACUUGGAGAUGUUGUUGAGGAGUUGGUGAGCGUUAAAAGGGAGAGCACUGUUAUGCAGGAUGAUUUAGAGCAAGUGAAAAAUGUGCUGAGCUCUAGAAGUCUUCCUUAUGCACCUUACGAUCCGCUUCAGAUGUUUAAGUGUAGAGGAACUUUCGUUGGUCAUCAGGGACCGGUUUGGUGCCUGUGCGUCAAUAACGACUUUUUGUUCAGUGGCUCGUCUGACAAGACAAUAAAGGUCUGGGAUACUGGCAAUAACUAUAAAUGUUUAAAGACACUCGAGGGCCACUCUGGCAUCGUGUUGGCCAUCUGCACCUACGGCAAUAAAUUGUACAGUGGUUCACAAGACAGCAGUAUUAUCGUGUGGAAUAUUGAUAACUUUGAACAAGUAUGUGUGAUAGAUGCCCACUGUAAUCCAGUAUGUACUCUCGCCUCAACAAAAAGCCUGCUGUUCAGUGGCUCUCUCAAAGUCAUCAAGGUAUGGGACGUACACACUAAUGAGUUGAAGCAGGAAUUGACAGGAUUGAACCAUUGGGUGCGGGCUCUUGUGGCCACUCAAAAUCACCUCUACAGUGGGUCUUACCAGACUAUCAGAAUCUGGGACCUUGAGACAUUAGAAUGCUUACAGAUGCUGGAAACGUCAGGUGGCAGUGUAUACAGUAUAGCUAUCACAAACUACCAUAUAUUGUGUGGUACAUAUGAAAACGUCAUUCAUGUAUGGGAGCUAGAAUCAAAAAAUCAAAUUGUUACCCUGAAAGGUCACACUGGCACAGUGUAUGCCUUAGCAGAGUUACAGACGUCAUCAGGGACAAAGAUAUUCAGUGCAUCCUACGACCGAUCUCUGAGGGUCUGGAGCAUGGACAACAUGAUUUGUACACAAACAUUACUGAGACAUCAGGGCAGUGUUGCAUGUUUGGCCCAGUCGAGGGGCAGAAUCUUCUCAGGUGCUGUUGACAGUACUGUAAAGGUAUGGCAGUAACAAAAAGCUGAAGGAACUGCUACACACCAACAUUGCUUGUUAAAACGAGACAAAAUUUACAUCAAAACUUCAUUUUUAUCGGAGACUAGAUUAUAUGAAGAUAAACAGUACAGAUUAAUAAUCUGACUACUGACAAUUUUACUC